UUGUGUUGUCAGUGUUCCUCUCCUCUCCUCUCCCUCAUUCCUAUUGGUGGAGUAGUCGCCAUGGUUACCACUUCCUCCUAGUGUCCGUACUAUGGAGCCAUCAGUGAUCAGUAUUAGGGUCCUGAUCCCGGUAUUGGCCCCGAUACCUAAUCCUAUAGCUACAGUCCGGAGCCCAUCAGCCGAACUGACCCCAUUAGGACAUCGCUGUCUAUUAUUCAGUGGAGGAGUUGGAGGACACAAGGAUCUGUACCAGGACAUAGUCAUGAUGGAGGAUCACCGGCCCCUCACAUCACAAGAUGGCGUCAUUGAUAGAAAUCCACCCGAGAGGUGUCCCCGUCCUCUGUAUUCCCAGGACUGUCCAGAGGGAAAUGUCCUAGAAAACCAUCAGGUUGAAAAUCAGAAUCAUAUUAAGGUUGAGGUUAAAGAUGAACCAGAAGAGGAGACGGAUUUCUGGGCCGAUCAGCAGUAUGGAGUCAUUGAUAGAAAUCCACCCGAGAGGUGUCCCCGUCCUCUGUAUUCCCAGGACUGUCCAGAGGGAAAUGUCCCAGAGAAGCAUCAGGUUGAAGAUCAGAUUAAUAUUAAGGUCGAGGUUAAAGAUGAACCAGAAGAGGAGACGGAUUUCUGGGCCGAUCACCAGUGUAUGAGGGAAGUGAAGGAGGAAAUUCCAGGAGGUGUUACCCCAGAUGGAGUCAUUGAUAGAAAUCCACCCGAGAGGUGUCCCCGUCCUCUGUAUUCCCAGGACUGUCCAGAGGGAAAUGUCCUAGAAAACCAUAAGAUUGAAAAUCAGAAUUAUAUUAAGGUUGAGGUUAAAGAUGAACCAGAAGAGGAGACGGAUUUCGGGGCCGAUCAGCAGUAUGGAGUCAUUGAUAGAAAUCCACCCGAGAGGUGUCCCCGUCCUCUGUAUUCCCAGGACUGUCCAGAGGGAAAUGUCCCAGAGAACAAUCAGGGUGAAGAUCUGAUGGAUAUUAAGGCUGAGGUUAAAGAUGAACCAGAAGAGGAGACGGAUUUUGGCGCCGGUCAGCAGUAUGGAGUCAUUGAUAGAAAUCCACCCGAGAGGUGUCCCCGUCCUCUGUAUUCCCAGGACUGUCCAGAGGGAAAUGUCCCAGAGAAGCAUCAGGUUGAAGAUCUGAUGUAUAUUAAGGUUGAGGUUAAAGAUGAACCAGAAGAGGAGACGGAUAUUUGGUCCAAUCAUAAGUGUAUGAGGGAAGUGAAGGAGGAAAUUCCAGGAGGUGUUACCCCAGAUGGAGUCAUUGAUAGAAAUCCACCCGAGAGGUGUCCCCGCCCUCUGUAUUCCCAGGACUGUCCAGAGGGAAAUGUCCCAGAGAAGGAUCAGGGUGAAGAUCUGAUGGAUAUUAAGGUUGAGAUUAAAGAUGAAGCAGAAGAGGAGACGGAUUUCUGGGCCGAUCAGCAGUAUGGAGUCAUUGAUAGAAAUCCACUCGAGAGGUGUCCCCGCCCUCUGUAUUCCCAGGACUGUCCAGAGGGAAAUGUCCCAGAGAAUCAUCAGGUUGAAGAUCAGAUUAAUAUUAAGGAUGAGGUUAAAGAUGAACCAGAAGAGGAGACGGAUUGUUGGUCCGAUCAGCAGUGUAUGAGGGAAGGGAAGGAGGAAAUUCCAGGAGGUGUUACCCCAGAUGGAGUCAUUGAUAGAAAUCCACCCGAGAGGUGUCCCCGUCCUCUGUAUUCCCAGGACUGUCCAGAUGGAAAUGUCCCAGAGAAGCAUCAGGUUGAAGAUCUGAUGGAUAUUAAGGCUGAGAUUAAAGAUGAACCAGAAGAGGAGACGGAUUUCUGGGCCGAUCACCCGUGUAUGAGGGAAGUGAAGGAGGAAAUUCCAGGAGGUGUUACCCCAGAAAAUCCCAGUAAGAAUUCUGAGGGAAACUUUAUGUUAUCCCUGAAUGAUAAAGGAGAAGAUGAAGAUAUGAUGGAGCGCUCCUCAGGAGAAGACCUCCUUACCCCUAAUGUCCAUCCAGAUCUAUCCUAUAAUAAUCCACCUGAUCAUGAGGAACCUUCUCCUGACCAACCACACAUUGUUACCACAAGGACAGAUCAGAAACAUGGGAAAGGUUUAUAUUGUGAGGAAUGUGGGAAAGAAUUUACAAGAAGAUCAGAUCUUGUUAGACACAGAAAAAGUCACAUAGGAAAGAAGCAGUAUGUGUGUUCAGAAUGUGGGAAACACUGUAAAUGUCAAUCAGAUCUUAUUAUACAUGAGAGAAUCCAUACAGGGGAGAAGCCAUAUUCAUGUUCAGAAUGUGGGAAACCCUAUAAUUGUAAAUCGGCUCUUAUUAUACAUAAGAGAAGCCAUACAGGAGAGAAGCCAUAUUCAUGUUCAGAAUGUGGAAAAUGUUUUAAAAGUAAACAAGAGCUUGUUAUACAUGAGAGAAUUCACACAGGAGAGAAGCCGUAUUCAUGUUCAGAAUGUGGGAAACCCUAUAAUUGUAAAUCAGCUCUUAUUAUACAUAAGAGAAUCCAUACAGGAGAGAAGCCAUAUUCAUGUUCAGAAUGUGGAAAAUGUUUUAAAAGUAAACAAGAGCUUGUUAUACAUGAGAGAAUUCACACAGGAGAGAAGCCGUAUUCAUGUUCAGAAUGUGGGAAAUGUUUUGCUCAAAAAUACUUUCUAGUAUUGCACGAGAGAAGUCACACAGGAGUGAAGCCAUAUUCAUGUUCUGAAUGUGGGAAAUGUUUUACAGGUAAAUCAAAUCUUGUUAAGCAUGAGAGAAGUCACACAGGAGAGAAGCCGUAUUCAUGUUCAGAAUGUGAUAAAUGUUUUAACAAUAAAUCAGAUCUUGUUAUACAUGAGAGAAUACACACAGGAGAGAAGCCAUAUUCAUGUUCUGAAUGUGGAAAAUGUUUUACAGGUAAAUCAAAUCUUGUUAAGCAUGAGAGAAGUCACACAGGAGAGAAGCCGUAUUCGUGUUCAGAAUGUGAUAAAUGUUUUAGAAGUAAAUCAGAUCUUGUUAUACAUGAGAGAAUUCAUACUGGAGAGAAGCCAUAUUCAUGUUCACAAUGUAGGAAAUGUUUUACAAAUAAAUCAAGUCUUGUUAAGCAUGAGAGAAGUCACACAGGAGAGAAGCUGUGUUCAUGUCCAUGUCAUGUCCAUGUUAAGAAUUUUUUUCAUGUCAUCAUCACACAUGAGAUUGCCCCCGUUGAUCCUAAAGAAACAGGAAGCACAAAUAGGUUAAAGGCCCCUCCCCCAGACAACCCCUCAUUGUUUCCUGUUCCUUUGGGAAGUAUUGAGGUUUUACCUCCUGGUCCUGAUGCUGGUGACAGGAUCGGUGUGGACCAAGCCAAGUGGUGGAGUUUCUACGGAUUAACACCGAACCCCCCUGUGAAUAUGCUGUAUGAAGAGAAUGGCGAUCUCCCAGAUGGAGUAGAUGCUCUUCAACAAAGUUGGAAAUUCAAAAUAGCCUAUGCGUUCCCUCCUAUCCCUCUGAUCAUCAGGACUCUGCAGAAGAUCCGUAUGGAGAAAUCCAAAGUGAUAUUCAUAGCUCCAAGAUGGCUCAAGAGAGGGUGGUACACCCUAGUUCAGCAACUGUCCAUAGAUCACCCUUACCCUCUUCCAGUAAGAGAAGAUCUCCUGUUGCAGGGUCGGCAAUUCUUCAAGGAUCUAGCAAACCUGCAGUUGACAGCCUGGCUUUUGAACGGACUUGACAGAGGUUUAUCCAUCAGUACUUUAAAUGUACAAAAAGCAGCCUUGGGUUGCUUUUUCGACACAAGUAUCGCAGACCAUAAAUGGAUUAAAAGAUUUUUUGGUGCUGUGGCAAGAUUAAAACCAAAAAUAUCUAACCUCUCGGCACCUUGGGAUCUAAAUAUAGUCCUCACUAGUCUUACUAGAGAACCUUUUGAACCACUUUCGGAUUCUUCAAUAAAAUUUCUGACCUGGAAAUCAGUCUUCUUGACGGCCUUCACGACAGCAAGAAGGGUCAGUGAAAUCCAAGCAUUUUCAAUUGAAGAACCUUACCCAACUGUGCUUGAAGACAGAAUUAUUCUGAAAUUAAAUCCAGCUUUCCUACCAAAAGUAGUGACAAACUUCCAUAGGUCUCAAGACAUCAUCCUACCCACAUUUUGCAAUUCUCCAAAAAGCAGGAAAGAAGAAAUGUUCCAUUCCUUGGACAUGAGAAGAACUAUUCUUUAUUUACAACAAACCAAGGAUUGGAGAAAAGACCUAAAGCUUCUAUUGCCAGAUGGUGGAGAUGUAGUGCAGCGUUUUCUAACCGUAGUAUCGGGACUUCCGGUGGCCCCUGUCCUGGUGUGUGGUGACUUUAACCAGGUGUUAGAUGCUUCUAAGGAUAAGUUUUGGGGGUCUCGGGCCCCUACCCCCUCUAGACCUACUGGUCUUGCUAAGUUGUUGAUGGAGGUUGGCCUAUUUGAUUUGUGGCGCCUGCACAAUCAUAGUAUUAAACAGUUCUCCUGUUACUCGACUACACAUGGUACCCUGUCUAGGAUAGACUUGGCCGUUGGGGAUGGUGAUAUGGCUAGUCUGGUUAGUGGGGUUGAAUAUUUGGCCAGGGGAUUGUCAGAUCAUUCCCCUAUUCGUUUACGAAUUGAUCUAACGGGGAGCGCUGGAGGAGUGCGCCCGCUAUGGAGACUGAACCCGUUCUGGUUGCAAUUACUGACUACGGCCGAAAUUGUCGGUGUGGAACUCAGGGACUAUAUUGCCCGUAAUGAUGGUUCGGCUUCGGUCUCCGUGGUUUGGGACUCGCUGAAGGCGUUCCUGUGUGGCUUAUUCAUUCGGGACAUAAUUGUUCCCAAGUCCUUUACUAGAGAGAGGGGGGAGAAGCUGAGAUUGUCUGUUACGGAAGCUGAGGCUCGCUAUGUUUUGGACCCUACCUCUAGGACUAAGGAUGUGUGGCUACGGGCACAGGGUGCCUAUACUAAAUACUUAGAGGAAACUGCGGAACAUAAAAGGUUUUUCACUAAGCAGCGCUACUUCGAGUGUGGUGAAAGUACGGGUAAAUUAUUGGCCUCCAUCGCUCGAGCCCAGCAGGGAGUUACGUAUAUUGGCUGUUUGAGGGAUAGUCGGGGGAGAGAGGUUGUGGCGGAUGAGGAUAUUUUGGGUGUGAUGGUAGAUUUUGACAAAGAUACAUACUCUACCAAGGUCUCUUGUACUGGGGGGGCCUUGGCGGACUAUGUGAGCAGGGCAUCACUUCCUUCCCUUUCUCUGGAGCAGAGGGACAGGCUGGACUCGCCCAUCUCUCUGGAGGAACUGGAAUUAGCUUUGAAAGAUGCAGCUAAUGAAAAAGCUCCGGGUCCGGAUGGCCUUCCGAGUGAGCGCCCGACUGCCCGUCUCCGGGUCAAUGGUAGGUUGUCUCCCUCAUUUGAACUGCAGAUGGGCACGCGACAGGGGUGUCCCCUGUCGCCUCUGCUCUUUGCAUUAGCCAUAGAGCCACUGGCCUGUAUCCUGCGUGCCUCACCUGAUCUGAUUGGGUUUCGAUACGGCUCCAUUGACGAGAGGGUGGAGCUUCACGCAAAUGACGUUAUUAUUCCUGGGAAGAACCAGUGUGAACUAUUACAUUGUGACAGGAGGAACAAGAGAGGAACAACACAAUCUCCUCCCAUUCUGGUCACAUGUCUUCUACUACUGCUGAGCCCCGCCCACUCCUGUCACAUGACUAUCCUCACAGGUCCUUCAUCCACAUUCUCUUCUAUCCUGCUGGGCUCCGCCCCCUCGUGUACUGGUCACAUGAUUGUGACAUCAUCACAGGUCCUACACCUCCAGCAUCCAGUAGAUACAGAACAGGUCCUGGUUGACAUUUGGAGGCAAGGAGAAUACAUGAGGAGGAGGAUGGACAAGGACAGGAAUGAGAUGACUAAGAGAAUAUUGCACUUCACCUUGGAGAUCCUCCACCUGCUGACCGGAGAGGAUUACACCAUAGUGAAGAAGACAUGGGGGGAGUGUGUGGCCCCCAGCAGCCAUCUCCAUGAGUCAGGAGGACGGAGCAGGGCCCGGGGCCCCAUCACGGAGCCUCCACCUCACUCACUGAUACAUGAGGAGAAGAUCCUAGAACUCAUCCACAGGAUCACUGAGCUGCUGACUGGAGAGGUUCCUAUAAGGUGUCAGGAUGUGGCGGUCUAUUUCUCCAUGGAGGAGUGGGAGUAUGUAGAAGGACACAAGGAUCUGUACCAGGACAUAGUCAUGAUGGAGGAUCACCGGCCCCUCACAUCACAAGAAAAUCCCAGUAAGAAUUCUGAGGGAAACUUCAUGUUAUCCCUGAAUGAUAAAGGAGAAGAUGAAGAUAUGAUGGAGCGCUCCUCAGGAGAAGACCUCCUUACCCCUAAUGUCCAUCCAGAUCUAUCCUAUAAUAAUCCACCUGAUCAUGAGGAACCUUCUCCUGACCAACCACACAUUGUUACCACAAGGACAGAGCAGGAACAUGGGAAAGGUUUAUAUUGUGAGGAAUGUGGGAGAGAAUUUAAAGGUAAAACAGCUCUUGUUUCACACAGAAAAAGUCACACAAGAAAGAAGCAGUAUGUGUGUUCAGAAUGUGGGAAAUCCUGUAAAUACCAAUCAGAUCUUAUUAUACAUGAGAGAAUUCACACAGGAGAGAAGUCAUAUUCAUGUUCUGAAUGUGGUAAAUGUUUUACAAGUAAAGCAAAUCUUAUUAAGCAUGAGAGAAGUCACACAGGAGAGAAGCCGUAUUCGUGUUUAGAAUGUAAAAAAUGUUUUAAAAGUAAAUCACAUCUUCUUCAGCAUGAGAGAAGUCACACGGGAGAGAAGUCAUAUUCAUGUUCAGAAUGUGCCAAAUGCUUUAUAUAUAAAUCACAUCUUGGUAGACAUGAGAGAACACACACAGGAGAGAAGCCAUAUUCAUGUUCAGAAUGUGCCAAAUGCUUUAGACAUAAAUCACAUCUUGUUCAACAUGAGAGAACACACACAGGAGAGAAGCCCCAUUCAUGUGCAGAAUGUGGUAAAUGUUUUAAAAGUAAAACAGGGCUAGUUGUACAUGAGAGAUUUCACACAGGAGAGACGCCAUAUUCAUGUUCAGAAUGUGGUAAAUGUUUUAAAAGUAAAACAGUGCUAGUUGUACAUGAGAGAAUUCACACAGGAGAGAAGCCAUAUUCAUGUUCAGAAUGUGGAAAAUGUUUUUUAUGUAAAACACAUCUUUCAAGACAUGAGAAAAUUCACACAGGAGAGAAGCCAUAUUCAUGUUCAGAAUGUGGUAAAUGUUUUAAAAGUAAAACAGGGCUAGUUGUACAUGAGAGAAUUCACACAGGAGAGAAGCCAUAUUCAUGUUCAGAAUGUGGUAAAUGUUUUAAAAGUAAAUCAGAGCUGGUUAUACAUGAGCGAAAUCACACAGGAGAGAAACCAUAUUCAUGUCCAGAAUGUGGUAAAUGUUUUACAAAUAAAUCAAAACUUUGUAGACAUGAGAGAAGUCACACUGGAGACUGAUAGAUGAAAUAAGAGAAGCUGUAUUCAUGUUCAGAAUGGGGUAAAUGUUAAACAAAUAAAUCACAUGACAUGAGAGAAGUCACACUGGAGACUGAUAUAUGAAAUAAUAAAUGAUAAAAAUAUAAUAUGGAGAAUGGAAAUCUGAGAUCUCAGGUGACAGUAAAAUGUGAUGUUUCUAAGUUGUGUUGUGAGAAUUAACCCUCGAAUAAACUCCAUAAUGAAACCUAAGCAGAAGCUAAAGCCAAC